GUAAGGUGAUCUAAGAUGAUGUCGUCAUCAGUAGGCGUCGUGCUGUGAUUUUCAGAUCAGCCAGCAGCUUGCAGUGUCAGGAUGGGCAGCAGGAGAGCUCUGCACUAUGUGCUCAAAGUGGGAGACAGACCGGCGACUGUCAGCUUUUACAGGGACGUACUGGGGAUGAAAGUCCUACGACAUGAGGAAUUUGAAGAAGGUUGCAAAGCUACUUGCAAUGGCCCAUAUGAUGGGAAGUGGAGUAAGACAAUGAUUGGUUAUGGGUCUGAAGACAGCCACUUUGUUGUUGAACUAACCUACAACUAUGGAGUUGGGGAGUACAGACUAGGUAGUGAUUUUAGGGGUUUGACACUUCAAUCAAGCCAGUUUGUGGCUAAUGCAAGAAGGUUUAAUUGGCCUCUCUCUGAAGUAUCAUCUGGACUGUUUGAGACAGUGGCCCCAGGAGGUUAUAAGUUCUAUUUGGAAGACAAAGAACAACCCAAAACAGAUCCAGUGCAAAAGGUGACUCUUGCGAUAUCAAACUUGCAAACAUCUAUAUCCUACUGGUCUGAUCUGUUGGGAAUGACGAUUUAUAAUAAGGAUGAAGUGAAAAAGAAUGUUCUUUUGGGAUAUGCAGAUAACCAGUGUAAAUUGGAGCUGCAGGAAAUUGGUGGUCCAGUGGACCAUGCAACAGCUUUUGGCAGAAUUGCAUUUGCUUGCCCUAAGGAAGAGCUUCCCAACAUUGAAGCACUGAUGAAAAAGGAGAACCAGAAAAUACUAACUCCGCUUGUGAGCCUGGACACUCCUGGAAAAGCUACAGUCCAAGUUGUAAUUUUGGCUGACCCUGAUGGACAUGAAAUUUGCUUUGUUGGGGAUGAAGCUUUUCAAGAACUCUCCCAGACUGAUCCCAAUGCAGAAAAACUUCUGAAUGAUGCUAUGGUAGCUGACAAAAGUGAAGAGUGGUUUGCAAAGCGCAAAAUGCAGAAGCCUUCAGCAUAAUUCAAACUACUAAAACUUCAAAACGGUGUUCUCCACCGAAGACUGACA